AAUCACCUCUGGGUUUUUAAUUUUUUGCUAAACAAACCAAAAACUGAAAAUUUUGGGGGAAAAAAAUGUUUUUUCUUAGUUUUUGUUAUAAAAUUUUGUAAAUAAGUGAUUUUUCUCCUUCACUGAAGUGCGCUAAUGAGGCUGCAGUGAUGGGCACUGAUAGGCAUCACUGAUGGGCACUGAAAGGUAGCACUCAUAUAUGGCACUGAUAGGAGGCACUGAGAGGUGGCAUUGAUGGGCACUGACAUCAGGCAU